GCGAAUUCCUUGAUCUCAUCCUCUCACAAACUUUCUAAAUUUCCAUUCAAACCAAACUUCCCAAAAUGUCUUCAUCAAAUGAACCUUCAAAAACUUCUGGAAACUUCAACAGCAUCGUGGGUGGUUUGAAAGAACAAGUCGGAGCUGCUGUCGGCAACCAAUCUCUUGAAACAUCUGGAGCCGAACAAAAAGCUAAGGGAGACGCUGAGUACAAGGCAGCACAGGCAGAGGGAUACGUUGAGGGCACAAAAGACCGAGUAGGUGGAAAGGUUGACAACAUCGUGGGCGCUGUGACGGGUGACAAAUCUAAGCAACUUGAGGGACAGGCCCGCAAUACUUCACCACAUCGGUCCCACAAAUUUGGCGAGGAAGGGCUCCCCACACACCCAGAAGACGAACGAUAUUCGAAUUAUCGAGGGCAAAGUGGAGACAAAGGCCGAGAUUUGUCACUUCAAGGAACUUUAGGGAUCUCUCCGGUGUUUCAAAAAAUGGAUUGGAAGCGAAACGAUGAUGGAUUCUGUGAGGGCAAAUGGAUAUCAGAAACCGCCAGGAAAGAUAGGAAUGUAAACCAAGAGCUGCCAAAAUUAAAAUUGGCAGAGAAAGGCAUCGAUGCUGAUGGUGCAUAUCAAAUCAUCCAUGAUAUUUUGGAUGGGGAUGGGAAGGAAAACACCAACUUGGCGGCCUUUGUGCACACCUGGGCCCCACCUCAAGCGACAAAGCUAUGCAUGGAAAACAUUGGGAAAAAUUUAAUCGAGCAGGAUGAAUAUCCCAAGACAGAAGUUCUACAUGGAAGAUGUUUAAAUAUAGUCGCAGACUUGUGGCAUGCACCGCAGUCUGUAGAUGCUAUAGGUACUGCAACCACCGGAUCCUCGGAAGGUGUGCUUUUGGGUGGCUUAUGUAUGAAGAAAAAGUGGCAAGAUAGACGUAGAGCUGCUGGAAAGUCGUUGUACGAGCCUGGUCCGAAUAUUGUGAUGGGUGCAAAUGCUCAGAUCGCACUGAAGAAAUUCCCUACUUAUUUCGAUGUCGAGAUGAGAUUGGUGCCUGUUUCGGCAGAAACUAACUAUUGCCUUGACCCAAGAAGUGCGAUGGAAUAUAUCGACGAAAAUACUAUCGGGAUUUUUAUGAUCCUUGGUAGCACGUAUACAGGACAUUACGAACCAAUCAAGGAGAUGUCAGACAUCCUUGACAUCUAUGAGAGUCAGACCGGAAUCUCAAUUCCGAUUCAUGUCGAUGCAGCUUCCGGAGGGUUUCUUGCUCCUUUUGUUCAUCCUGACUUACUAUGGGAUUUCCGUAUCCCAAGAGUGGUAUCGAUCAAUGCCUCUGGUCACAAAUUUGGUUUGACGUACAUCGGCUGUGGUUGGGUCAUCUGGCGUGACAGUGCACAUUUUCCGGAAGAUAUGAUCUUUGAAAUGAGAUAUCUUGGAUCUUUACAAUACUCUUUGUCAUUAAAUUUUUCACGUCCUGCACACCCUGUCAUCAAUCAAUAUUUCAAUUUUCUUCAAAUGGGCUUUGAAGGUUAUAAGGCAAUUGCUUUGGCAGAUUUAUCUAACGCAAGGUUAUUAUCACGAGCCUUAGAGAAAAGCGGGUACUUCAAAGUCGUCUCAGAUGUGCAUCGCAAGAAGACUGAUAUAGGAAAGCCCAGAGGGAAGACAUUUGGCUGUACUGAUGUAGAUUUCGAGGAAUACGUCGAAGCCUUGCCUUUAGUCGCUUUUGGAUGGAGUGAUGAAUUCAAGGCGAAGUACCCUCAUCUGAAGCAGAAGUGGAUUCAAACUUUAUUGCGCGCAAAAGGCUGGAUCUCGCCCAAUUAUGCACUCCCACCGGAUUCCGAAAACGAAGAAGUCUUACGCAUGGUGAUUCGAGAAUCUAUAUCAGAGGAGCUCAUUGAGCACAUUUUCGGGUCGUUGAUUGAAAUUACAAGGGAUUUGAUCAAAGAAGGUGGCCCUACCACCGCGUUGGGAAACGGUUGGCAUGACUAGAUCACUCCCUCAGAAAUCAAUCACAGAAAGCAGGAAAAUGAGGUCUUGGAAACAUGAAGGAACUUCACAUUCAGUAUGCGUUGAAGUGAAAUAAGAAAUUUGGGCUCCUGAUCCAGUGCUUACUCACUGGGCUGUCAAGCUGCUCACCAGCGGUGUGAUUAGGUUUCUCUUCAUCUUCUUAUAUCUCAUGUACGAAUUAGGAAUCAAAUAAGACAUGCAAAUGCCACAUAAACACGAAUUUUUCUGUCUUUGAACGAUAACUUCAUUUGUCAGGUUUUCGAGGAGACACACUUGCGCGUAAGCUCAAAAAAGAAUAAUCAGGACAUUCAUAGAAAUACAGGAGACUGGAGGAGGGUUAGAAAUUUGGAAAAUUGUCUCUCUUUUCCGAACAAACAAGAUAAGAAAAAAGAAGGCAAACAUCCUCCUGUAUCCGCACAUGACCUUUAAACAAGAUAACAAACUUCAUAUAUCACACUUCCAAGGGAUAGAAGAUAUUUUGAGUGCAUCUCUCAAUACUGCCUGAUAUUAAUGUUUAAUUGUCAUACAAAAUAAAAUCUCAAGGAAGUCAUUCAGCCGAUUCAGAACACUUGGCAAACCCAUACAAUGGUUCUUUCUCAGCUUCAUCUUCAUCUCCAUCUUUUUCAAUUUGUUCAUGAUGAUUUAGUUUCUUGAAUCUUCUACUUAAAGCGUUUCGAUGAAAAGAUUUAUCUUGACUUCCAAGAUACACCUGGG